AAGAACACCUAUCUUGUUGAUUUAAUGAGACUUCAUUCAAGAAGUGCCUGUUUUCAGAUUUUAUUUCGGUUUUUGAACGAGAUAAAGGUGUUUGGGAGACUUUGAGGUUUUUUAUUUAUUUAUUUAUUUAUUUCCCUGUUUGGUUUUGUUUUGUUUUGAGAAUGCUGUUCCAGUCCACACUCCACUAGUUGGUGGCGGUAAUGCACCGUUCGUUGUUUGCCAACUGCCAAUAAACCCCAGAAGAAGAAGAAGAAGAAGAACACCUGUGCAGGUGUGCAGAACGUUCAGCAUGUGUCUUCCUCAACACCGACCCUGGAAAUCAAACUAAUCUGAGUCAGUUUGUAUCCAAAAACAUGGCAAGGAGAGACGAGCUGACAACAAGGUUCCUAGCUUACGAUAAAAUGUACUGUCUUGAUAUGCGUGAGCAAAGUUUUACAGACUGGCCUUUCAGAGAAGACUGUAACUGCACACCUGAAAAGAUGGCCACGGCCGGCUUUGUCCACUGCCCCAGUGAGAACGAGCCUGACGUCACCUGCUGCUUCUUCUGUCUGCUGGAGCUGGAGGGCUGGGAGCCAGAUGAUGAUCCCUGGUAUGAGCAUGAAAAACGUUCCCCUAACUGUGGCUUCUUAUCCAUGAAGAAAUGCUUCACUGAGCUAACCAUGUCUGAGUUCUGUGACUUGGAGAAAGAGAGGAUGAAGACGUACAUGAGGAAGAUUUGUCAUAAGAAUAUGGCAUUUAUGAGAGAAAAAAUAGACAGAAUGCUCGAAGAUCUGAAAUCACGCUUGGAAUCGAUAUAAUAAUUUUUUUAUUUGUUUUUUUUUAUGUGAAGUAAGGUCUAUAAACUGAAUAAAGGAAUUCUUAACA